AUGAGGGGGAACAUAGGAGACACAUGGAACACAUGGAAGGACGUUCAGAACCAACAAACACUGACCGAAAGGACUAGGGCUUUUAAACACGAUGAUUUGGGAAGAACUAGACACACCUGGAAUCAAAUUAACACAAUCAAUGGGAGACAGAAGGAGGAGCACAGCAGGACCCAGGGCACAGCCAUAAUAGCGGCCCACGGUGGAGCCGAUGGUGGGAGGAGCCAUGGAGGAGGUAUGGCAGCCCACUCCAGGGGGCUGACCAAUGGCGGUGGAGCAGGUGGAGGAGGAGCCCGAGGCGGAGAUGGAGAGCCAAAGAGCCAGGGUGAUACCGAGGAUCCGGGGGGCCAGGGUCGAGCUGAGGGCUCUGGCGACCAAGGCAGAGAUCCAGAGAUCCGUGGCGGAGCCGGAGCGACUGAGGACCAAGGUGGAGCUGGCGGGAGGAAGCAGCCCAACAGAGCCGGUGGGAUGGAGUGA